UUUUUUUACCUGUUUCCCUAAUAACAUUGAAAUGGCUGCCGAAAACAAGAAAGCGUUGGUAUACUCAAUCCUCGAGUUUCUUCAAAAAUCGUGCGACGAUGGUACCAUCAGCAAAGAUGACACCGAAGGCAUUGAAGUUGCCAUGCAGUGCAUCGGUGAAGCUUUCGGUGUAGAUCCCACCGAUGCUGCCCAGCAAGAAGCUUAUAGCACCAAGCCUGCUAACUUGUUGUCUAUCUUCGAAGUGUACCUGAAGACCAAAUCCAAGACUCGCGGUCAGGCCCCUGCUUCGGCGUCGUCGUCGUCUGGUGCUGCUCCCGCUGCCGCUAAGGCUGAAAUCUCAGAAGAGGAUAAGCAGAAGGCCGAGGAACUCAAGGCCGCAGGUAACCGUAAGGUCUCUGAACGCAACUAUCCAGAAGCUAUCAAGCUUUAUACCGAAGCAAUUGCUAUCAAUGGUAGCCAAGCAGUUUACUACGCAAACCGCGCUGCUGCAUACAGCCAGCAAAGUGACUAUGAUAAGGCCGUAAGCGACGCUACGAAGGCUAUUGAAAUUGAUUCAAAGUAUAGCAAGGGUUACAGUCGAUUAGGUCAUGCUUUGUUCUGCCAGCAGAAAUAUCAGGAAGCUGUAGAAGCGUAUGAAAAUGGUCUCAAGUUGGACCCUGAAAACGCCACUAUCAAGUCCUCAUUGGCUACUGCCAAGUCCAAGAUUGGAAGCGUUGAUCGCUCCGGCCCCGGAAGCCCGCCACCAUCUGCUGGCGGUGCUGGUGCUGGCGGCAUGCCCGACCUUGGUUCCUUGUUAAACAACCCCCAACUUAUGAACAUGGCUCAGCAAAUGAUGCAAUCCGGUGCUUUGGAUCAAUUCAUGAACAACCCUAACCUCGCAAGAAUGGCACAAAACAUGAUGGGCGGUGGUGGCGGAGCAGGAGGUGCUGGUCUUGCAGAAAUGAUGCAGAACCCUGAGAUGAUGGAUAUGGCUCGUCAAUUCAUGGGAGGAGCAAACAACAACAGCGAUGGCAACAACAAUGGUGGCAGCGGAAACUCUAACUAGAAUGUGUACUAGUAUCAUAACGCCUGGCUUUUUGCUCUUAUCUCUUCUGUUGAAAUAACAUACGACGAACAACACGUCUUUCAAAGAAACGAACACUGUAUUCUUCAGGUCCUCCUCCUACCCUUUAUAUAAUAACUCUUUAUGAGGGAAUAAAAAAAUACACACCAAACACCUACAGUAUACAUGAAGUAUUCAUACUACAAACAACACAACAUUUCGAGCUUCUUAUAAUCAAUAUACAUUCGGGUUUUAUGAUAUUAUACCAAGCUUCUCAAUACGGUAUAAAUCAAAAGAUUCAUAUACUGCCACUG